AUGUGUCUCUUGCAAGAGUUAUUAUCGCAUGCUCUACCUGAUACAAUUGAAUUUGAGCUUUUGCAUCUUCAGAGCCCACCAAGAGAAACGCAUCCCAUAGUACUUAAAAGACACCAAACAACUGCAGUCAACAACGUGAUUAAGUCGCAACACUUCUUUGUUUUAUGCAGUAACAAAAAGGUUUUCUACGCUUUGGAGAUUUAUGUCUACGUCACCGUCAAGCUCUCAGAAGUGGUAGAUAAAUUAGUUUUCGUUUCAAAGGCAGAUACCAAUGGCUAUUGCGACCAUAAUGUGUCAAUAAAGGAGUUGACUCGAGUUUUGUUAGAAUAUGUUUUGUCAAUUGAUCCUUUACAUUACCUUUCGAAGGUGUUGAAACUUUCAAAGCCGCAAAGAGAUUAUACCAAGGCCAUUACCCAGCAUACAACCACCAGAAGAGCACUUCGCAUACUGAAGAAUAGAGUAAGUAUUUGUCAGAGGUAUACUCCCCCAACAGAACUUCUAUUCAGCCGUUUUGAUAGAAUCUCACCGCAGUGGUCUUGCAGACUCUGUCUUUUCACAAGAUCGGAACCCCAGUACUUGUUUUCAGAAUCAUCCCAAAAUCCGAAAAAGCAUGUCUUACCAGGAAAUCUGCUCCUCAAGUGGUGGCUAUCGGUUGUUGAUCAAGCAAUCACAGACAAAUUCGACAGCUUUGCGCAUGCACGAAUUCAAAUUCCGGGCGAAGAAACAUCUGUCAUUGAUAAAUAUCUUCGAAAUUGUAAAUCACCAAAUUGGGAGGUGGGAGACAUAUUCAAUGGUGAGCGUGAAGAUUUAGCCAUUUUCAGACUUCCUGUUUUGCCUGAUGAUCCAAAGGGGAGAUUCCUUGAACAGCUGGUUGAUGAAGGAAGGGCGAAAAAAGUUCAUCUCACAGAUUUCUGGACGGAGUUACAAAUCCAACAAGAGUUCAGACUGGGGGCGACUGUCUCGGUUAUUGGCGUGGAUGGAAAUUUGAAACCAUUCACAUCCCAUCCCGCACGGGACAAUGAAAUAAUCUCACCCGGCAGUAAAAAGCUCUUUAACAUGAUCAAAUGCUACAUAACUGGAGAAGAAUACGAUACCGAGGAGGGGGCUUUUGAUGCUUACGCCAACAUAACUGACUUUCUCCGUCUGAGAUUUAAUAGAACACUGACAUGCAUACAGGGAAAGAAGAUUUCAAAACGAGUAGUUUCGAAUUUGCUACCUUCAUCAGGAUUGAAUAAUCAACCACUUCCUUUCGAAGCACAAACACUCAGCACCACGCUAGUGCGCAAGAGGCCUAAGAAGUAA